UUUAUUCAGCGGCUGCUUGCUUAGCUUAUACACCAAUAAACCGGUCAAUACUAAUCCGGAUUUUCUCUUCUAUUUUAUAGCAAUGUUUUCUACCAAUUUUGAGCCGGUUCAUAUCUGCUUUGAUGAUGCUAUGAUAACCGGAGAUGAACUCACAGAAAUAUUGGCGUUUCUUCAAUCAGACGAGUCGGAUAAUCCAAGCGGUACAAGCGAGUUGGUACCGGUUGAUGAGAAGAAGAGAAGGCGGACGUUAUCGAACCGGGAAUCGGCAAAGAGAUCGAGGUUGAAGAAGAAGAAACGUUUUGAAGAAUUAACCGAAGAGGUGAAGCGGCUGAACCUAAGGAAUCAGGAGCUGAAAAACCGGUUAGCUAAUGUGGUUAGUUGUGGUAAUGACAUAUCAAAUGAAAAUAACAGCUUGAAAACCGAAACGGUUUGCCUUGAAAUGAGGCUUCUAGACUUGUACCGGUUUUUAGUGGCCAUUCAAUCGCCAGUCUCAACGAGAGUAACUUACAUCACAGAGCUCGAGAUUUAAGUUUGGCAUAUAAUAAAACAGAAACGAUGCCAAGUAACUUUUUGGGCAUUUUUGUAAAGGUCAAUACGAUUUUAAUUAAGAAUUCUCACAUUUUGGUUCAAAGAUGCAUGUGUAUAUCAGUAUAUGUAAAUAUUAUGUGUCAUCUGUAUGGAUAUAAUAUUUGUCAAACUUGUUUCCCUCUACAUAAAACACAACCAUAAUUCUC